GAGCACACCAGAACACCUACGCACUUCUCUUGACAUGCGUUAGGUGUUCUGUGUGCGUAUGCCAUGCCGUCUUGUUGACUCAAAGGUCAGCGUACAGCCAGCUUCUAUUUGUGUUUACGCUGCUUUGUGAGCUGGUGUGGGGCAACACUGCUAGGAGUCAUGUCUAAAAUAGCAAUGCCGCAAGAAACCUGCCUGGAAGAUUGUAAACAACCGGUCGUCUUCAGGCAUGCGUUGUCUUCGUGGGAGUGCUCGUCUUGGACUCUGUCAGACUGGGCUUCCAAAACCCGAAAUGUGUCUUUGAAGUUCAGAGUUGGACUUAAAUCGGCUGCAGGAGCCCCUCGGUGGGAAACAGAAGGUGCGCGUUCAACUGCUACAAUAGAACAGUUCUUGCAGUGGAUUUCCGGGCACACUGACAAACAGAACGAGCUGGCUACUGUCAACAGCUCAAGCCAUUUCGCAUAUUCAAGCUACAAUUAUAUGCACGAUGUGUUCAGAGAUCUACCCAGUGUGCUAGAGUCCGUGGACUGGACUUUGUUUGGUUUCCCUGGCCGCAAAGGUGUUGACAGCACGUUGUGGCUUGGAAGUGAAGGUUCAGACACUCCUUGUCAUCAAGACACCUAUGGGUAUAAUUUGGUCGCUCAGUUAAUUGGCAAGAAGUCAUGGACUAUGUUUCCACCAAAGGAUGGAAGCUAUCUGUAUCCUACAAGAAUACCGUUUGAGGAGUCCAGCAUAUUCAGCCUGGUCAACUUCAAAGAAGUUGAUUUUGUGACAUUUCCAGAAUUGCAAUCGGCAAGACCUUACCAUGUGGUGCUCGAGCCCGGAGAUGUUCUGCUUGUACCUCACCACUGGUGGCAUUAUGUGUCUUGUCUCAUGGCUGCACUCAGCAUCAAUUCUUGGAUUCCUGUGCAUCAAGACAAAGACUCCCAGCUCCUUGAGGCAGUCACACGGACCCUUGCCACUGGACUAAUACCAUGCUAUGAAGAUGAAGCGGAACACUGGGUGAACAUCAAUGAGGAGCUAACAUCACCUGAGCAAAACCUGAUGUACUUGCAGACACUUUUGCAGUCCCAUCAUUCAGAGAAUGCAACUCUGCGUGGUGCAUCAACGAAACUUCCGUUUGAAUCUGUCUCGCAAUUCAGUUGGGAAGACUAUGCAAGUAAAACUGGCUCCACAUUGAUACAUGAGCGCUGCUCUGACAUAAGACAAGUGGCUGGCAGGAACAGAAUGUCAACAAGGCAUAUAAUCAGCUGUUUUCUUCAUCCAUCUGUGGCAGAAGUUAUUUCAAAAAGGCUAAAAGAACUUGUGAAAUAAAGGUAUUGAUUGUUAUGAAUA